GCUCCAGAGUACCAGUGCAGGCAGUGCGAGCUAUGACGCAAUCAGAGCUCGGUCGGUCCUUUGAUUGGCUAGUCCUGGCCACUUUGGAUUGGCCACGCGGGCUGGUGGGGACCCCCCUCCCGCUAUCUCUGUAAUAAGAGCCGGGGUUCCGCAGGGAAGGCGCGCACAGCUGGCGUGGUGUUCAUCCGGGGUCGACCCGCCGCUCGCGCUGCCCUGAAACUCGUCUCCAGAGAGGCGACAUGGGUUUCCAGAAGUUCUCCCUCUUCCUGGCUCUCAGUAUCUUGGUCCUCUACCAGGCGGGCAGCCUCCAGGCGGCGCCAUUCAGGUCAGCCCUGGAGAGCAGCCCAGAUCCGGCCACGCUCAGUGAAGAGGAAGCGCGCCUCCUGCUGGCUGCACUGGUGCAGGACUAUGUGCAGAUGAAGGCCAGUGAGCUGGAGCAGGAGCAGGAGACAGGGGGCUACAGCUCUGCUGCCCAGAAGAGAGCCUGCAACACUGCCACCUGUGUGACUCAUCGGCUGGCAGGCUUGCUGAGCAGAUCAGGGGGCAUGGUGAAGAGCAACUUCGUGCCCACCAAUGUGGGUUCCAAAGCCUUUGGCAGGCGCCGCAGGGACCUUCAAGCCUGAGCAGAUGAAUGACUCCAGGAAGAAGGUUAUCAUGAAACUGAACUCACCGUUUCUAUUAAUUUCUGUUGACAACAACUUGGUGAGAAUGCCCCAUGGAAGAUAUACAUGUUUGCCUCCUAAGAUACUGAAAAAAAGGCACCUUUGUCACUUGAAAGGAAUGAAACUGAACGCAAAAUAAGCUAAUUCCAUAUUUAUUGUGCAUCAUUUUUAUAUUUAAUUCUAUGUCCAGUAAAUGUGAUGGCAUCUCUCAUUGACUUAUCUGAUAGCAAACUGGUUCUUUGAGAGCCAUCCUGUUGAUCAUGCAGCUCUGCCAAACCUUAGGGGGACAGGAAAUCACUGCCUGUUGUGGUCUCUGAGGACACAUGGUAAUGGUGAUGCUGUGCCUUGUUAUCUAAGAACAUGACUGUAUAAUUUGUUUAAGAAAAUGUCAAUAUUGUGCCAUUUGUGAACUUCAUCAAGAUUAAAAGCAUAUUUUGGAUACAUUUGUUUCAAAACCUUGGUGAUGCAUUACAACUUGUUUUCCUAUGUAAUAAUAAUAAUGAUGAUGAUGAUGAUAAUAAAUAUUUUUGAGUGCU